CGAGAGCUUUGGUUCUCGAUAAGCGCAAAACAUGUCAGUGCAAUCCUAAGCAAUCGUAACCGUUUGGCACAGGUAUGACGAACAAGCGCAUUCCGUAGUGAUUUGCUCUUACAGAAGGUGUUAGAAAAGUGCAAAAUUCCCUCAACUGCGAAAAAGGUUCCCGUUGGAGACAGCGUUCCUCCAGGAUUCAAGGAAACAAGAUGUUGGUCUUCAGCACGAAGUCUCAGACCAGGCAUGGAUCGUAGACCAGCUUCCUACGUUCACCAUUCACACGGCGAAUUCGGAUUUCUCGCAGCUCACUCUUUAAAAGCGAAGUCUGUGUCUGGCUCAGAAUAUCUGUGCGAGUCCAAACGUUCAGCCGAAAAGUCAUCGUUGAUUCCGAACGUAAACAAUGACUUCAAUUCGUUGUUAACGAGCAGCAGCAGCUCAAGUGAGUACGAUCGAAUCUGAUCGAAGAGUCGACCGACGCGCAGCCUCGUUACGGUGCAGUGGCGGAGCGUCAGCGUUUGAGCGAGCGAUCGAGCUCAGAAUGAUGGGGUCCCCCAUUUCAUCGGUCGAGGGAUUCGAACGCUCUGCCAUGGAAGUUUGGAAGGAGGCUCCGAUUUGAAUGCGGCGCAUGGAGCACCGGCGUGUCGUUGUCAGGGCGAUCGUUGGAAGUCGGUCCCCGUUCAAAUCUGAAGGCCGUUUCGACCCCAUCGUCCGUGCAGCCGCCGUCACUCCUUAUCCGCAGCUCAGCUUCUCGGCAGCUACAAAUCGACUCGCCCCCUCCCUGCGCCUUGAUCUCUCUCGCUCUCCCCUCGCAAGUGCACUCUCGACCUCGACAUCACCGUGGACCUGGACCUGCCAGCGCAAACCGAAUCGAGCCACCACCAUUAGUCCUCGAGUCGCAUCUUGGGCUCCAAUUUCGUGCUUCCGAAUCGAGUCGAUCGAGAGUCGAGGCCGGCCUUCGAUCCAAUCGAGUCGAUCGCCGAUCGACGCCACAACCUAGAGAAGAAUCUGCGCUCCCGGUCGCAAUUCGGCAAUUUCGCAAUCCCCUCGCGAAGUGAGUGAGAAAUCGAGAGCAGCUGCUGCGGCGGAGGAGGAGAUGGGGGCAGUGGUGGGGGACGGGGGCGGGCGACGGCGGCAGCCGCAUGUGAGCAUGGGCGGGGCGGCGAUGGACGCGCUGAACCUGCGGCCGUGCCUGGUGCAUGUGCCGAGCGGGGCGGUGGUGAAGAGCUUCGUGCAGCUGUCGAAGAUCGUCAAGGCCAUGGGCUGGAAGGUGUUCAUCGACGUGACGGCCAACGUCUGGAGCGCCUGGCACCUGCCGGCGGGCGACGGCUGCCUCAUCCAGAUGGUGUUCCUGCCGCACCCGCACCUCUCGGCCGCGACGCACUUCCAGCUGUCGGUCCUCGUGCAGGCGCUGGGCCAAAGCCUCUUCAACAUCUCCUGCGCUCCUCUGCGCAAGUUCCGCGACUUCGCGCCCCGCGCCCUCGCCCUCGGCGACGACGCGCCCAAGCCGCUCCUGCGCGUCAAGGCCUCCGGGCGCAAGAUCUUCUCCGUGCGCGCCCUGGCGCAGGUCCUGCUCCAGCACGGCUGGUCGCAGGACGGCGACUGCCACUUCUCGCGGCGCGACUCCGGCGACCGGUGCCCCGCCCACCUGCAGAUCGUCAGCGUCAUGAAGCUGCCCCCCGUCGACUACAUUCUGCAGCUCUCGCUCCUCGACCUCGAGUAUAUCGUCAUGGUCUCCGACAACUUGUUCUAUCUCCAAUCUGCGUUCCAGCAGCCCAGAAAGCGAGAUAAGAACACUCGAGAGCGGAAGAGUGCUCCAGCGAACCCGGUCAAGAAGGUUACUGCAGACUCGAAGACUACUCCCAAAGUUGCAGUUCAGAAGGUAACGGCCGAUUCGCAUCCUCCAUCGUGCGAAUCGACAAAUUCGACAACAACAACUGCUACCAGUAGUUAAUUUUUAACUCCAGAGAAAUAUGUAUUUGGUCGGAGUCCUGAUACGAAGAGUAUUGGCACCAGCAUCAAAUUAAGUGUAGAACAUUGUACAAAGAAUGAGAAACCCAUCUCGGAUUUGGCACUUUAGUUCCAGUGUCUCGAAAUUGAAACAGAUUGCUGCAAUCCAGAUAAUGUAAAGAUAGCUCAUAUUAGACUGAAUUGCUGGAUGUCGAUGUAGUCUCCAGUUUAUUCUGAAACUUUUAUCAUGCGGGAAAGUCAAACUGUGAAGGACCCUGGUAAGCCUGUACUAGCUGUGCACCUAGGCACAUCUUUGUGUUAAUCUUCAUGUUUCAACUUAAGACGGGUCUACCAAAAUUUUAGCUCGCAUGCGUCAAGUCCACUACUGUUGAAGCAGCAUAAUUUCUUCUACAGCUGUCAAUCAGACUAUGUUUUUUUUCAUUUCUUUGUGCAAGACCGAAACCUGCCGUAAUUCUUAAAUCUCGAAUUAGUUUUCGGCAGCAAACUUCACAAAGCCCAUUGAGUUAGAAUCUGAAUCGAGUUCACUACUGAGUUCAGUCUGAUUCACUUCCGACCAGGGUGUACAUUGCUGUAGUUGGAAAAGCUUUCAUGGGAAAGACUGCACUGUACUAUCUCCGAUUACAAGCCGUGCGUACUUGCGCUUCCUCCUCCGCCCACCCUAACUGACAAGUUGAACGUUGACCUCGUGUGCAAAAGAGGUCACUGAUGCCUAAGCUACUUCGAGAAGACCUGUAAUCGGU